AUGAGGCUGCUUACUGUUGCUGACACCGCUGAACUUUAUGCUAGAUUUGUGUUUGAUGGUGAGCCACCUGAAAUGAAGAAAAAAGAGCUUGCAAAAAGGUCCUUGAAGAGGGCUGCUGCUGCCAAAUAUCUAAAUAGAGCUAUCGAGGUUGGGGAUGAGGAUUCAGCUGUAGAAAAGAUAAAGGCUGUCAGGGAUAGAUUUUCCCCAGAGAGGUUGAAGCUUUUGACACCUGUUGCUAGCUUACCGGGAUCUGUUACAGAGAAGGAACCCAAAUGCAUACUAAGUUCCCCAGGACAAAGUCUGAAGGUCAGGUCUGCUCUACAAGUAUGCAAAAGCGCAAGCUCUGGUUUCAGAUAUGGUAGCUCAAAGCCAUUUAUGGUGGGGAGGCAAUCAGGAUUUCGUGGGAUACCUCAUGCUUUCUCUUUCAUCUAAAUCUGUAGCUGCUCUGGUUCUGAAGAGCUGACUGGUUGAAGCUGUAACUGCAGCUGCAUGAAGAAAGGAUGAUCACUUGAAAAAUUGUUAAUCUCAAACUACGACUGUAAUAUUUCCUUGUCGUGGUGUAACAUAGCUAAUCAACUACUGCAGUUCAUCUUCUCACAUCUAACACUGGUUACCGC